CUUUCUUUUUUUGACCUCAACAGCCAUGUUUUAGGCUGGGAGAAUAGAACAAAAAAGAAUAAAAAAAAAACAUUGGUACUCCAUAUAAAAUAGUCCCCUCGUUGUUAGUUGCUCAUUUAUCGCUCUUUUUUCUUUCAUUUUAAUAUAUUUAAUAUGGACACUAGUCAGGUAGCUGAGAUUAACAAUUUGGCAUCUCAAGCUCUAACUUCACGAUCGACACAAAUAAGUGUUCCUUCUGGGCCACCCGAGUUUACACGUCGCAAGAAUUGGUCACAAAACAUUUUAGAAGAGCUCCGUGAUAUCAUCCAUGUCUUAUCUUUGGAUUUCAACAUUCUCUUUUGCUCUCCAGCCUCUCGAGAGUUUCUCGGCUAUCAACAAGGCGAAUUGAUGGGCCGUAACUUUAAAGAAUUCAUUCAUGUGGAUGACAUUGACGUCUUUACACGAGAGUUCCGUCUGGCUCACACGAACGGAUCCAUCCUGCGAUCGACUCUUCGAUUCCUCCGUAAGGAUGGCAAACACGUCACUCUAGAGAUUCGUGGCCACUUUUAUAAAAACGCAUUCUUUGGAUCUGCGCGUAGUGUGCCUACAGAGAUGACACGUACAAUGGAUGCCUUCUUGAAUGUCAAGAUGGAAAAUGAAAUCCUCAGACGUAAACUUCAGUUGGCUAAAGCCCAGGCAGCCAAAAAGACUACUGUUACUACUAUGCCACAAGUACUCCAGGAGGAUGAGUAUGAUGACUUUGAGGAAGACUUUGAACAACUCUUUACUGCUGCGUCCAACUCAAAUGUAUAUACUCAAGGUGUGCUCAAUUCGUUUGGUGUAGCCGAAUCAGUCAAUUUAUUUACAGGUCUUCAAUUUGAUCUUGGUGAACGUUCUCGAGGUAUCUCGAUGGGUCUCGAAGGUGAGCUCUUCAAUACGACACAUUCUCCUGAAAUUGGUGAUGAAACAACCAACGAGACAAAUAAACUCAAAGUUGGCAAAAAAAGAAGAGGUACUGAUGAUCAACCACGUAUCUGUACCGACUGUGGCCGAACGGAUGCCCCUGAAUGGCGACGAGGCCCCAGGGGACCAAAGACUUUAUGUAAUGCAUGCGGGUUAAGGUGGUCUAAAGCUGUAAAAAAAAAUUGAAUAAAAAAAAAUAGCCAGCAGCUUUUUUUAUAAAGGAGGACGCUCCGAGUUUAUUUAAAUUUAAAUGAGGAAGCAAUGACUAAUGGAUUGAAAGGCACUAGGGCUCGUAAAAGCAAAACAGUUCAUGGUACAGAUGGAACAUCAUGGUAUCUAAGUCCGUUGACGUACUUUGGCUGAUGAACAGCACAUCCUGAAAAGCGUGCCGCCAAUGUGCUUGCUAAAUUACUUGUAGGAUACAGCCUAGUAACAUCAGCAGAGUUAUGGUUGGGACAACAGAACUGGUUU